AUGCCGUUUGCGUUCGCCGGUGCAAGUGAAAAAACCAGUCAAAAAAUGAAUUUCAAUCAGACUAGAAAUUUCUGCGGUAGUUGCUGCCUGUGCAAUCUCUUAACAUUAAUAUCUCAAAUUACUGAUCAUGGAGUUGGCCAGUGGUCACAAAAUUUAAAUCAGCAACAUCUACGACAACAUUUACAUCCAGUAAUUCAAUAUCAGCCGCAACAUCUGCCAAAUCAGCAACAUCAACGACAACAUUUACAUCCAGGCAUUCAAUAUCAGCAACCACAUCAACGACCCUCUAUGCAUCAUGGAAAUCAAAACCAAAAUCAGCAGCAACGACAAGCAAGACCAUGGACUAAUAUUCAAAACCAAACACAUCAUCAUCCUUAUAAUUUACCACAGCAACAAGUAAAUCAACAAGUAAAUCAACAAGUAAAUCAACAAGUAAAUCAACAAGUAAAUCAACGACCAGCGAAUUUUGGUCAGCAAGAUGAAAAGGUGAAAAAUAUAUCUUUACGUCAGAAACCAAGCAGAUGGAGCACAGCUGAAUAUGAGCCAUCUUCAACAAUGAAAAAUAAUGAAAAAACGGAAUAUAUUCCAACACCAAUAGAAAAAACAAAUAAUAUCAAGGAAAAAUCUGCUGUUUUGCAAAAUGAUAAAAAUGCUAAAAUACUCACAUCACCAGUAAAAUCAUGUUCUGGAGAGUCUUCGUCAGAUUCAUCAUCUUCUUCCAAAACAUCGAACUCACUAACUGAAUUGCGAAAUGCAGCGUUAAAUUCACAAAAUCCACAAAAUAUUAAAUCAUAUCAAUCUGUUUCACCAACACCAUCGACCGCAAAAAAGUCAAAAUAUUCAAAUUCACCAAAAUCAUCAAUAUCCAAAAAUCUUUCUUCAGUGUCAAAAAUACAAAUCUCAAAUGCAGAGCUGGCAUCAGCGAUUGCUUCAAUUUCACAAGCUCAAGCAGAAUCUAAAACAAUUUUUCUCGACCAGGAUCCAUGUGUAAAAAAGAAGAGGAUUGCUCAUCACCGCAAAAUCCCAACGGGUACAAAAAAAUUAAAAUCGGCAGCUGAUAAAGAAAAUGUCCUAAGUAAGGAAAAAUAAGUUUUUUA